AUGGCGAAAGUCGGAUUUUUUCUUACCGCUGUUUUGUUCUUUGUUGUUGAACUCACCUUCGCUGCCUAUUCGCCGGCGCCUGCGCCGUCUCUCGGUGCAGACUCAUCCCCGCAACUCGCUCCUACUCCUAUGACUGGAUCACCCGACUCCGCACCAUCAAUCUCACUGGUGACGGCUGCUUCGCCACCGGCGCCAUCUCCAUCAGAUCUUGAGCUAGGAAACUCACCCGCGAGUUCUCCUGCUCCGCCGCCGUAUGAUGCAAGCGACAUCGUGCACGGAAACAUCAAUGCAGAAGGAAGCGAAGAGGAGGCCGGUGGUGACGGAGGAAUUAGCGGCGGCAAAAAGGCGGGAGCCGUGAUUGCUGUGGUGGCUGCAGCGUGUUUGGUUGGCUUGGGCGGAUUGGUUUACAAGAAGAGACAAGAGAAUAUCAGGAGAGCUCAGUAUGGAUACGCUCUCAGAAGGGAAAUUCUGUAA